AUGCCGGACUUCAAGCCUGGCCAGAUAGUUCAGCUCAGCGAUGGCCGUAAGGCCACCGUUCGGUUUGCUGGCCAGACCAACUUCCAGGUUGGAGAGUGGGUUGGUGUUGAGCUCGAAGACAAGAGUGGAAAAAAUGAUGGCAGCGUCCAAGGAGUCAGGUACUUUGAUUGUCCUAUGGGAUAUGGUAUGUUCGUCAAACCGAUGAUGGCAACAAUCGUUUCACAACCUCCGAGCUCCAAACCUACCUCUCGCAAACCAGCCCGCCCCAGCAGCUUCAAUCCGGCAGCAACAAAGGCGGCCCCUAGCGGCGACGUUGCCCUCGCUAAGAGGAGGAGUCUGAAUGCUCCAAGCCCCAGCCCGGUGCCAAAAUCUCGCCCUACCAGUCUCGUGAGGUCUCCGGCGAAAUCCCCAACGAAACAGCUCAGCGCUGCCUCAAGCACUUCUGCUUCUCGAACUGGUACCCCAUCAAAUGCCAGAGUUCCGUCAGCGUCAGCAGUUGGAGCAGCUAGAAACAGGACGUCUGUCGGCGGACAGAGAACCUCAAUGGGGCCGCCAGCUGUUCCUGCCUCACGUACGACACGAGUAUCGUCCAUCUCAUCUGUAGCAUCCCGCACCGGUGCAGCUCAUACCCGAUCUGUGAGCGGAGUUCGGCCUCCAGGAUCUAUGCGCCCACUUGCACGACCAGACUCGGGACGGACGCCAUCUGUGGAUUCUCAGGCCGGGCGUGACAGUGGCUCAGCCGAUGAUACUGGGCCAGCUUCUCCCUUGAAGAGCGAUGGGGAGAUACUGUCACCACAGCCGACGAGUCCAGCUACGGGAAGAGCAAAAGCACUCGAGAGAAUUGCGGCAGAAACGUCCCCAGGGGCGUCAUCUAGUCCUCCGCCUACAAAACGCGCAGCCCCAACCACCACGGCCAGCCGAUCUACCCCUAAUGCCGCCCUGAACCGCGAAAACGAAGACCUGAAAGCGAAACUGAAAGUUCUUGAACGUAAACGACUCCAAGAUCGAGAUAAGCUACUUCAAAUAGAUAGGAUUCAAGGCGAACGAGACAAGUUUGAGGGUAUUAUUCAGAAGCUUCAACAAAAGUAUCAACCCCAACAGCAAGAGAAUUCUGAGCUACGAAAUCAACUCAAGGAAGCGGAAUCCAGAUUUAUUUCUAUUGAAAAAGAGCAGGCCGACCUCGAGGCCGAGCUUGAAUUGUCUGUUGUAAAUCGACAAAUCGCCGAGUUGGAUCUUGAGGAGUCCCAAGCGCAACUGGAGGCACUGAAGCUGAAAUCAGAGGAACUGGAGCUCAAAGUAGAACUGCUGGAAGCUGAGAACGCAGAUUUCAGCAAGGGAAUGACGCCUGAAGAACGCGCCAGCGCUGGCUGGAUGCAGAUGGAAAGUACGAAUGAACGCCUACGUGAGGCCUUGAUACGACUGCGUGACAUAACGCAGGAUCAGGAGAAGGAAUUGCGCGAUCAGAUUGCUGGACUUGAAGACGACGUCAAGGAAUUCGCGAGAAUCCGAGAUGAACAUGACUUGACAAAAGAGAAACUGGUCCAGUCAGAAGAUGCCGUUUUGGAACUUAAAGAGCGACUUGGAGAUGUUUUUGAAUUCGAGAACAUGAUUGAAGAAUUGACGAAUAAGAACCAAAACCUGUCUAACCACAUAGACGAACUUGAUGAUGAGAUUCUCGGGCUCAAGGAGCUGAAUCAGGACGGCGAUGAGCUGAUCGUCAUCCACGAGCUGGACAAGAAGGAUAUGCAAAUGGAUUUGGAUUUCAAGGACAGUGUCAUCAUGGAGCAAGCACGAAGAGCAGGACAACAACAAUCGCAGAUCGACGACAUGUCUCACACAAUUUCACGAUUUCGCGAACUUGUGGAAAGCUUGCAAGCCGACUUGGAUGAUAUGCGAGCUUCACAAGCCGUGACCGAAGGCGAAUCUGAGAAGUUGAACGACCGGUCACGAGCCAUGAUGGAUUUGAACAUGAAGCUCCAGAUUUCGGUUGCAAAGGCACAAGUCAAAACUGUUGAUUUGGAGCUGCGGCGCCUGGAUGCCCAAGAAGCAGAGCAGCACCUCGAAAUCGUCAAGCUCUUCCUACCAGACUCAUAUAGGGAAGAUCAGGAUUCGGUCCUCGCUCUACUGCGUUUCCGAAGACUGGCUUUCAAGGCGAAUCUUGUGAAUGGACUGAUCAAAGAGCGCAUCAAUGGGCAGCCUCAUCCAGGUCAUGAGGACGAUGUACUUGCCGGAUGCGACGCCGUUGACAAGCUGGUGUGGGUGGCAGCAGUGUGUGAUCGAUUCGUCAAUGAUAUUAGUCACUGCACCACUGAACAGUUCUCAGCAUACCAGAACUCCUUGCUUGAGCUUGAACCUGUUGAACGAGCGCUAAAUGGUUGGAUCGACGGUCUCCGUCGCGACGAUCUCAAGGAAAAGAAGUGCGCCGAAGAACUGCAGCGAACAAUCGCUCUCAUGUCUCACUUGGCAGAGGUGCAUAUUUCAAAUGGCUUGCCCAGUUUCGCAGACGAAGUAUACAUGUCAUCGCUGGUUGUGCAGAGCCAUCUCGACUCGGCCGUUAUAUCUCUCAGCAUAAUAAAGGGCAUGAUUCAGCGCGCAAUUCCGGAGGAAGAGGAGGACGAGAUGUGCCAGCUCUUUGCAAAGAAGUUGGACACCGUCAUUACGCAAACAAGAAGUACAAAGGUCGUGGCUGGAAAGGCUGUGCGCGCCUUGGAAGACUUAAAGACACGGUCGCUCUCAUUGCUUCCUGACACGAAGUCAGUGUUUGAAGACUGCGAACAAAGCAGUCGCGAGCUGACGAACUUGGCCCGAUCCAUUGGCAACCAGGUACACUUGUUGCUCACGCAAGAUGAAGGACGAACAGAUCCGUUCACAUACGGCGAAAUUCAAAACGCUAUUCACCAAGCUGUUCUGGAUGCUACAUCAGCCUCAGAAACUGACACCUUUUCUGCGUACCUUACCAAGCUGCGUAUUGUUACUGGACAAAUCAGUGACGUGGCUGCCUUGGCAACAGAUCUCGACCAGACCGAGGAAUUUGAAGUCCAUGCUGCCCCAUGGAAGCUGCGGUCUCAAGAGCUAAAAGCUCUCAAGACCGUGCCUGUUGAUGCUGAAGAGGAACUACGACGCCUUAAGGAGGAACACAAUGAAGCUCGCAGAACAAUUGCCCUCAGGGAUGAGCACAUUAGCACUGUUGUUCUCAAGAUUGAAACCCUGGAGUCGCGCAUGCGUGAUGCACAGGCCAAUAUCGAACGCAUCGGCAGUCUUCAGAAAGAGCUUGAGGCAUCGGGUGAACAAGUCGCCAAUCUCAAAGAGGAUAUUGAGAAGCAGGACCGAGAACUCAAGAGCCUCGAAUCCGAGCGAGACAAGUGGAAGAAGAUUGCCAGCGACAGCCGGGCCUAUGCCGACGGUGCAGAUGCGGCUGGAAUGAAGGCAGGACAAGAGCGGGCUGUCGCAACUGCACGUGAGAUGGACGCACUGAAGAAGGACAUUGAGGGCCUGCAAUCUGCAGUCCGAUACCUGCGAGAAGACAACCGCCGAGCGCGAAUGACGGAGCAGCAGAACCACGACUGGUUGGCAGAGCCACUCAAGCAACCCUCAACGGCAGCGGAGCAGCGCAAGGCGCUCGUGGUGGCAGAAGGAAAAGAUGUUCUAGGCGAGCUUGUGAGAAUGGCCACCACAGCCAAGGUCUUUGACUUUUCUACAUUGCCCAAGGACAAGCUCGCGUGGAAGCCAGCGAAAUCAACUCCACAAUACCAUGCUGCCAAGCAGAUGGAGGACUUUGCCGCCUGGAACGCCUGGCAAGACUCUGUGCUUAAGAAAUCUUCCAUGCUGCGUACGACUGACGCCGUCAGGACUCGUCUACAAAAUCCAGCAGCACAGCUGCAAAUUAGACUUCCUGGCUCGGAUGGCAAGAUGAAGACUGGGUCGGGAAUAGGUCGGGCGGUUCAAAUUGUCGGGUCUCGUGAGUGGGAAGCCCUACAGAGCAGGAGGAUUGCCAUCUGA